UUUUCCAUUUAGUAAAAAAAAAAAAGAAAAAUCCAUUACUAAUUGGGUCCCUCGUCCAGCCAGAAUUUCAUGGUCCAUUUUCCCCGCCAUAGCACCCUGAAACAGAUUAUAAAUAUAGAUCUUUCUCAAUUUCAUUUCUGAACCUGCUAAAGUUCUCCUGUUAGUGAGUACCAAACCCUCUUCAAAUUCGUGUUCAUCAACGAGUGACUGAAGAAACAAAUGUGAUUAUGGAUCCAUAUUCAUUGAAGUCUGUGUUUGAUUUGCCACUUCCAUUUCAAUCAACUUUUAGUUUCAGAAACUAUGCGGUGCAUGCAGAUAUUUCAAUUCUCUGCAGAAUGAAUGCUUCCCUGUCUGUUUCCACGCCGAUAUAAACAUGGUUGUUUCGGCUCCAACGGGAAGUGGUAAAACAGUACUCUUUGAGCUCUGCAUCUUGAGGCUUCUCUCACGGUUUAUUUCUGAGGGGACGAAGUUUGUUCAUGUAAAGGGAACUCUUAAGACUAUCUAUAUAGCCCCAUCGAAGGCUUUAGUACAAGAGAAACUUCGUCAUUGGACUCAAAAGUUUGGAUCAUGGGGUAUAAAUUGCUUAGAGCUAACAGGAGAUAAUGAAUCUUACAACAUAAAGAAUAUACAAGAAGCAGACAUCAUCCUAACCACUCCUGAAAAAUUUGAUGCAGUAACUAGGCAUGGCAUAAAAGAUGGUGGAUUGAGCUUUUUUGGUGAUAUAUCACUUUUACUUAUUGAUGAAGUUCAUCUGCUGAAUGAUCCACGUGGAGCAGCUUUGGAGGCAAUCGUCAGUAGAAUAAAAAUGCUUGCACGGAAUCCUUUGUUGAAGUCAAGUUCCCUGUCUGAUGUUCGUUUCCUAGCAGUGUCUGCCACGAUCCCAAAUAUCGAGGACCUUGCCGAAUGGCUUGAGGUUCCUGUCCAAGGAGUUAAAAGGUUUGGAGAAGAAAUGAGGCCCGUGAAGUUGACUACUAAAGUUUUUGGAUAUACCCCAGCCAAAAAUGAUUUUCUAUUUGAGAAACGCCUUCAAAAUUAUAUAUGGGAUAUUCUCAUGCAAUAUUCAAGAGGGAAAUCUGCUCUAGUCUUUUGUUCAACUAGAAAAGGCGCACAAGAAGCAGCACAGCGACUGACUCAAUCAGCAAUGAACUUUGGCCAUUCAAAUCCAUUUGUCAAGGACAGAGAACAGCAAGAAAGGUUGAGGGAAGCUUCCCUGUUGUGCAGUGACAAACAAAUGCAGUCCUAUAUUGUUUAUGGCGUUGGUUAUCACAAUGGUGGACUUUGCCACAAGGAUCGUACUCUGGUUGAAAAUCUUUUUCUCAACGGUGACAUUCAAGUACUCUGCACAACAAAUACUCUUGCCCAUGGAGUUAACUUACCAGCACACACAGUUGUAAUAAAAUCAACACAGCAUUUCAACAAAGAAAAAGGCUUGUACAUGGAAUACGAUCGAUCCACAGUACUACAGAUGUGUGGAAGGGCUGGGCGGCCACCCUUUGAUGAUACAGGAAUGGUUAUAAUAAUGACAAGAAGAGACACGGUGCACUUGUAUGAGAAUCUCUUGAAUGGAUGUGAAAUGGUGGAAUCACAAUUGCUUUCAUGUGUGACGGAGCACCUAACUGCAGAGAUAGUUCAACUGACUGUCACUGAUAUUACAAAGGCAAUUGAGUGGAUGAAGUGCUCAUACUUAUAUGUGAGGAUGAAAAAGAACCCUGGAAAUUAUGCUGUCAAAAAAGGAAUUUCAAGAGACCGAGUAGAAAAGCAUCUGCAAGAGAUUUGUGUUCAGAAAGUAAACGAGUUAUCAAGAUAUCAAUUGAUCUGGACUGAUGAAGAUGGUUUCCUCUUGAAACCACUAGAGCCUGGAAGGCUGAUGACAAGGUACUACUUGAAAUUCGAUACAAUGAAACUUUUAAUGCAGAUCCCAGUAAACUGCACUCUGGAAGAUGCUCUUCAUGUUAUCUGCCGAGCUGAGGAAAUUUCAUGGAUACAGCUCAGACGCAAUGAGAAAAAGCUUCUGAAUGACAUUAACACUGAUAAAGAGGGUCGACUUCGCUUUCACAUCCUCAUUGAUAAUGGGAGACGAAAAAAGCGUAUUCAGACUAGAGAGGAGAAGAUAUUUGUUCUUGUUAAUGACUGCUUGACUGGUGAUCCUUUGAUUCACGAUUUAUCCCUAACACAGGACGUCAACUCAAUAUGCUUAAAUGGAUGUAGAAUCGCUAAGUGCAUGAAAGAAUAUUUUAUUUACAAAAAGAACUACAAAGGAGCCUUGGAUUCAGCUCUUCUUGCGAAGUCGUUGCAUCAAAAACUGUGGGAUGAUAGUCCUUAUCUGCUGAAACAAUUACCUGGGAUUGGCAUGGUGACAGCGAAGGCACUACAAUCAAUGGAAAUUACAUCAUUUGAGACACUGGCUGGAGCUGAUCCCCGGAGGAUAGAGAUAGUCACUGGUCGAAAGUUUCCAUUUGGAAACCAUAUCAAGGACUCCUUACUAUCACUACCUCCGAAAGUUGACAUGAAGGUUGAGGAAACUGAAUGCCAGAUGCGAGGGAAGUCGAAGUUGGUGAUAACACUGACAAGGAUAUCAGAACCUUUCAAGUCAAUGAAACGACAUUAUGCUGAUAUGAUUGUUGGUUCUGAAGAAGAUAACAUGAUUGUCUUGCAUGAGAAAAUAAGAGUGGAAGAGUUUUCUAGUCCCUAUAGCGCAGUAAUUCUCCUGCCAAAUCCACAGCAAGGAAAGCUGACUGUUAAGGCUGAUCUUAUUUUUGAAGAAUACAUUGGCAUUGAUGUUCACCAAAAACUUGUAUUGACAAAAGUGAGCAAUUUAAGCUUGAACAACAAAAGGGGAAAAAUACAGUCUUCUUCUACUCCAGCUCAGGAAGUAUGUGUGAUCGAAGAUGAUGAUGAUGAUAAUGAGGAAACCACAUUUCAGGCCCCAGCUAAAAAGCUUCACAAGUUAGCGAAAUCUAAAAUAAUAGACGAUUCUGUGCCUAGUUUCAAUAUUCUAGAUGAGAACUUUGAAGAGUUUGAAGGAGAUGAGCCUGUUCUCCAAGUUAACGAAGAUAAACACAAAAACGUGACAGAGCAAAAAAUAUUUGACCACAUACGUGAAAAGGCCAAAAGCUUUCCCCAUUUGGCAGCCCCAAAUAUUGCAUACCCUCCAUCCACUGAGACACUGAAUCUUAUAAGGAAGCACACUCGCGAAAAUGAGCUUGAUUCCCUUAGAGAUGAUAUCGAAGUUCUGGGAGAGGUAGACAGAAUAAUAAAUGCAAGGUUUACUUUGGUCAAACCAACUAUAGAUCCUGGUGGGGGAGAGCAAUACGGACAAAAUACUGAAAAACCACAGCACCAUAGUACACUCAAAAGCUCAUCUAACUUCAACUGCAUGGAACAAAUAGGUGGGGUUUCCCCUGAACCUGAAGACUGCACAGUCGAAACUUUAACUGAAGACACGAUAUUUGAUCACAUACGGAAGAAAGCCAAGAAUUUUCCUCAGUUGAGUAAUUUGCAGCCCCAAACUGAGUCACUGUGGACUAUAUCCGACGAUCCUAUGGAAGAUGCUAUACUCAUCUCAGAUUCGGAAGCCGGAGAGGUAGGAGACUGUGUGCGUGAUAGAAGGCCGGGAAAAAGGGUGAAACCCAACGCUUCUUCUGGAAAAAGAGCAAAGGCUUCUCCUAAAGUUUCAAGCACAUGUGUUGAUCUCUCAUCGACUAAAAUGCCGUCGUUUGAUAUUUCAAUGUUGAAAAACGACGUAGUAGCGGCUGACCAACACAGCUCAAUGGAGAUUAGGAGGAAGCAGCAGCAUUCUCAGUCUCCAACUUUGCAACAGAACCAGCGCUGCUCUUCGACAACACCGGGUAAAGCUAAGAAAGUUGAGUCAUUUCUUGGGUUUGAGAGUGUCUUUUCUUUUCUUUGAAUGUCUUUCAUUGCACGGGAGAUUAUAGAUGUAUGGAUUAUGGAUUGGUUGAUUGUUUUGGUUAAGAAUUGUAAUCUAAUAAAACGAGAAAAAGCCUUGGUGAACGA